UCCCUGAGUGGCUACAGUAAACCCACCUUUCUUCACACCCAAGAAAGUUACGGAUUUCAUAGCAACUUUGUUCCUACCGCGAUGCUUAGACAGAAUGAAUGUAUGAGUGGUUUGUUGGGGUUUUUUUCUUGUUUUCUCUUUGUAAUCCUCUGUGGAGAAGAGGAAUCAGACAGCUCUGAGACUGCAGACAAAGCAGUCCUAUGUGGAAUAAGUGCUUUAGAUGUGUGAAGGGUAAAAGGUAAUGUUAGAGGGAAGUACUGUUGCACCGAGGAGGGGCCAAAGCCUGGAGUACUGGGCAAACAGAAGCCUAUUUAUGAAGAUAGCAACUAAUUGUAAAGUCACACUGGAUUUUAAGGGUAGAGAUGCAGAGUAAAAAACUGGAGAUCAGAAGAAACAGUUCCAAAAACUCAGAUUACCUCCGCUGAACAAAAUAUUCACUGUGUAGUGCAGGGAUAUAAGGAGUUUGCUAGAAUGGGAGUUUCUGAGCCAAGAGAGCAGAAAGAUCAUCUCUCUUGGUGUUGAAAAUCUUAAAUUCAUCAGUCUCCUUUCUCUGUUUUUCCUCUCACAGGCAUGCGCAGAUGGUAAUGGAUGGAGCCACAGAAUGUAACCAGUCCUGUAAUGGAAUUUGUCCUCCUGAGUUUCAACCACAGUCUUAAGAUUCAGCAAUUCCUCUUCACAGUCUUCUUCACUGUCUACCUGAUGACCUGGUUGGGAAACAUCACUAUCCUCAUCACUGUUAUCACUGACUUCCACUUGAACACACCCAUGUACUUCUUCCUGGCUUACUUAGCAUUCACAGAUAUAACCAAAUCAUCAGUAAGUACUCCCAUUCUAUUGUCAGGUCUUGUCUCCCAGCACAAAACUGUUCCACUCAAGGAGUGCAUCCUUCACAUGUUUUUCUUGCACUUUGUUGGUGGUGCUCAAGUCUUCCUUCUUGCAGUGAUAGCAGCUGACCAGUACGUGGCCAUACACAAGCCCUUGCAGUACGUGACAAUAAUGAACUGUGAGGUGUGUUUAGGUCUAGUGGCAGGGUCAUGGGCAGGUGGAUUCAUUCACUCUGCAACACAGAUUGCUCUGCUUCUUCCCUUACCUUACUGUGGUCCCAACACUUUGGACAAUUUCCACUGUGAUGUCCCACAAGUGCUGAAAGUGGUCUGCAUUGACACCUACCUGACAGAGCUGCUGAUGACCUCAAAUGGUGGACUGAUCCUCACAGUAAUUUUGGUCUUUCUGCUCCUUUCAUACGCUGCCAUUUUAGUAAAGAUAAGGAGGCAAGUCGCAGAAGGAAAGCACAAAGCUUUGUCUACUUGUGUUGCCCAGAUAAUGGCAAUAAGCAUAACAUUCAUUCCAGGAAUAUUCAUCUAUGCUCCGCCCUUCAAGACAUUUGAACUGGACAAAGUGGCCUCCAUCUUCUUCACUGUGCUUGUUCCAGUGCUGAAUCCCUGGAGAUAUACUGAAAUGACCCUGAGAAAUACUGAAAUGAUAAAGGCCAUCAGGAGACUUGUUUCUAGGGUUCUGUAAGGGAAUAGCUUUACUCCCUGCUGAAUGGUCGCCCUUAUUCUUUGUAACUGUUGCAACUUACCAUGACUGAAAUACCCGAAAUUCCAGCAAAGACAUUUGCAUAAGAGAAACCCUUUCAGAGAACUAAGUCAGAGGAAACUCAACUAAGCUUCCUUUACUUUAAGUGCAGUUCCCACCAAUACAGUCUGUGGAGUCAAGGGCAGGUUCCUCUAACACUAAAUAAGGUGAGCGGGAUAUUCUGCUGAAAGACGGUUUUUUGCUGUUUUUUAGGAGGUUUGGUUUUUUUGGUCUUUUUUUCAUAAGUAAAGGGAUCCUGCUGGCUUUUCAGUGGCAUGAUUUCUUUUUCUGCUACUAUGUCUAAUGAUGAGUGACUUCUCUUUUUUAAUAUCAGUCACCUUACAUUCUUGUGAGAAAAAAAUUAAUCUGUUCUACAAAAUUAUUCUUCUUCAGAUCACUUAAUUCUUAUUGCCACAACUCUUAGGGUCUACUACAGGCUGCCUGACCAGGGGGAGCAAGUUGGCAAGGGCUCUUGCUUCAGGAUACAGGACUGCAUUUGCAGGUUCUCAUCCUGAUGAGGGAUUUCAACUCCCUGGAUGAAAAAUUAGUAAAAAAUGAGUGAAAAAUCUUUGGUUUGGAACUGUUUAAUAAG